AUGGACGACAACAUCUACAACGCUGAAGACAACCAGUCUGCCCCAAGCAUGGGCUCUCCACUUGAUACACCCUCCUCAACGACAGCCUCGAUUUCGAAGAGAUCCGAGGAUGGAGUUUUAGAUCAUUGCCACCCAAGCGUUUCAAUACAUCCGAUAGAAUUUGCUGACUUCAAUAAACUUGACAUCGGAGAAUCAAUGAAAACAGCGCAUUUGUAUAAGAAAGCUAUGAGGCUUGUGGACAUGUACGAGGAACUCGGUUUGGGGGCUGAUCUGAAGAUGCCAAGAUUCGUUCUUGCUGGUGAUGCAGGCUGUGGAAAAUUGAGCCUCCUCGAGAACCUGACGGGUCUCCCCAUGCCCAUCGCCACAGCAUACGGAACUAGGUUCCCCAUAGAAAUCACCCUGCUUCAGCACCCCCGGAUCCGCACGAGAUGCCGUCUCAGCGAAAAGGAGGGAUGUAUUCUUGAGGAUAACGCAGAUUUUAAAGAAUUUGGCACACGUCAUGACUACGAUGGGCCCAUGACACGGUUUCAGUUCGAGAAUAUGUUGAGAGAAGCCUCCAAGAUCUUUGAUGUACCUCCGCCGCUCUUCACACGCGACCUUGUCGAGGGGAGCGAAUGCCCACCUGCCAAAAUCUCGCAGCAUGUUUUGCGGGUUGAAGUUCAAAGUCCAAAUCAUAAGAACAUCACUUUCUGGGAUACUCCAGGUCUCCAGUCAGAUCUUGACAAGUCGAAUGCUAGCAUGGCUGAAUCGAUUGUGAAAUGUUUGAUCGAGGACAAGCGAACUGUGAUUAUCGCCGUCGCGGAGACCGAAAAGACCAUCGAAAGCCAGCAUAUAUUCGAACUCGCCAAGGAGGUAGACCCCGAAGGCCUCAGAACCCUUGGUGUUCAUACGAAAUCCGAUCUUGUGGGGAUCCAUGAUCAAAAGACCUACAUGCCUGCCUAUUUGCGUGCUAGAAACGAAGAAAAAGAGUUGCGACAUGGUUGGCAAGCUGUGCAGAAUUGCUCGAGCGUCAGAUGGGAAGUUCCCAAAGAUGUAGAUGGCCUUCCACGUGCGGCUUCUAAUGGAGACAAUCUCUUCGCGGCUUGGCUUUUCCGCAGGUCUGGUACUCCGUUGAGCAGCGUUGGCGUCGAAGGACUACGUGACCGCUUCAGCGACGUCUUCUGUGUCCACCUCAUGGACAACUUCCCGAAAUUGAAUCAGCAAGCUCGUGACAAGCUGGUCCGGAAGAAAGAAGAACUGGAAGCACUUGGACCUGUCAGAUCUUCUGUGAAGGAACAACGAAAAUUCUUGAAGACUAUCGUGGCUGCUUACCAGCAGCCAAAAUCAAUCUAUCUCGGCGACGUACCACAAUAUGAUGAGAAUCCAGUCCCGCUGUAUAAAAAGUUGGCCUCACUUAAGAGCGCAGAAUUCAGCAUACCUUUACGAGAUCUGGGUGCAGUACGGGCCUUCCAGACUCCAUCUAUGGAGAUCGACGAAGCCGCCCAUUUGGCAGCUGCAUCGCUUAGCUUCCAGGGAACGGACAAUAUUUACAGUUGGAUCAAUGCCCGCUAUCAGUCUACCAAAUGGAACACGAUUCCUGGUGUCAUCCCACCCGCGCUGGUAGAACGACUCUUCGAGGAGCAAACCGCAAAUUGGGUAACAAUCACUCACGGAUUUUUGGACAUGGUCAAAACGAUGUUUAUAACUACCGUCGGGGUCUGUUUAGAGCAAUCAUGUUCAAGUAAGCACGUCAACGAUACCCUUUAUGCACUCGUAAGUGCAGCUGUCACCAACAAGAUGAAGGACUUUCAGAUCUUUUGCAAAGAUAUCCUACAAAACGAGCGAGAGGAACUGCAGAAUAUGGCUGGCGAUCAGCAGUUAGUGAAAGAGAUUCAAGAGGCCAAAACUAUUCGGCUGAUUGCGGCACUUUCUCGACUCGAAGCUCCUUCGCAGCGCUUAUCAAAUCCUUCUUCCAUCGCAGCAAGCUCACCGAAGCCUGACGCGGAAGUGGAAAGUUCUCAAAGUGGUACGAAGAGUACUACUCCAGCCGCUGCUACAGCCACCAUGCCUGCUGCCACAUCAGCUCAAGCGCCAGUUCUCGGGGCCUCCAGCAACCCCUCUUGCUUCAACUCUCCAUUAGGGGCUUCAUGUACGUCGAAAGCAGAUUCACCAAGAGGUUUCGCUGCUUGGGCUUCUUCUCCGAAAACUUUCGCAACACCGAGUACACUUUCAUCCGGGCAAGGUUCUGUCCUUGACGGAUCUCGGAAUGAGGAUCGGGAAUCUCGGAAGGAGGAUCAGGAAUCUCGGAAGGAGGAUCAGGAAUCUCGGAAGGAGGAUCAGGAAUCUCGGAAGAAGGAUCGGGAAUCUCGGAAGAAGGAUCGGGAAUCUCGGAUGAAGGAUCCAUUUGCGAGCUGCUCCCGGGCACCGAGUGCUGUUAAUGCAGCUACAACAGAGAAAGUAGCUCCAGUUGCGACACCCGUGGAGAGCCUACCAUCUACAUUAUGCUCAAUCCCAAAGCCCAGGUUUGGCGAGCCUACUCCGCUUACAAAAGGACCAUCACUGGGGGAAUUUUUCCAAUCGCAGCCUCCAGCCCCAAGCGCCUCCCAGCCCAAAGUCCAACAACAGCUUCCCUACAACACAUCUGUGACCAUACGUCAAUCCGAACCUCCAAACCAGCCCCCAAAUAAUCCUAUCACCUCACUCGCAAAACUAGCCAAAAUAAAGAAGGAGAGCCUCAAGGCUAUCUUGACUGACGAUCGCCAAGUCGUCUACGAAAUCCACGAUAUUCUCAAAGCGUACUACGCUAUCUCCAGCAAGCACUACAUAGAUGCCAUCUGCAAGACUGGGCUCAAUAAAAGAUUCGUGAGAGAUAUGAUGGACGUUUUCUCUGACAAGCUGAUCGACGAGCUGAGUGAUGCCGAGGUCAAGAAGGUUGCGUCUGAGACUGUCAAGGCGAAACAGAUGCGACGAAACUUGAACAACGAAAUUAACAGGCUGGAGCUUUUGAUCCGGGACUCCGAGGAGAUGCUCAGAAAGUUAGAGGAAGAAGAAGAAGGGGAAGGGGAUGGGGAGGAAGUGGAGUGA